CACCCAGCCCUCCCCUCUCCUCCCUUUCCGAGCUGUGGGGAAGCCAGUGCAGCCCAGAAGCAGAAGCUGGUGGGGUUCCUCCUGCAGAAGGCAAGCCAGGCAGAGGCUCCUUUGUGUCCCGAGGGGCAUGCGCCUCCCCGCCAGGACCACCACCAUGUCCCAGUUCUCGCCCAGUUUCCUGCUGGUGCCCAUCCCGGAGGACCCCCUCCUGGACUGCGCCCCCAACAAAGUCCUCAAGCUGGUCGUCCUGGGAGGAAGCGGCGUCGGAAAGACCGCCCUGAUUGUGCGUUUCCUCACCAAGAGGUUCAUUGGAGACUACGAAGCCAACACCGGUGCCUUGUAUUCUCGCCAAUUCACCAUUGACGGUGAACAGGUCUCUCUGCAAGUUCAGGACACCCCUUUCGUUUCCUUAGAGGAUGAAGGUGAGACCAUCUGCUGCCAGGAGCAGAUCAACCGCUCCAUCUACUGGGCCGACGGCUUUGUCUUUGUCUACUCCAUCGCGGACUUCCAGAGCUUCCGGGCCGUGCGCCCCUUGCACCUCCACGUCCGGAGGAUCCACCCCAACGCCAACAUCCCCCUGCUGCUGGUGGCCAACAAAGGGGACCUCCUGAGUGCCCGGCAGGUCUCGGCCAGGGAGGGCCUGCAGUUGGCCGGGGAGCUGGGCUGCCAUUACGCCGAGGUCUCCGCUCGGGAAAAUGGCGAAGGAGUCCACGAGGCCUUCCAGCAGCUCUGCCAGGAGAUGAGCCGCAUGAUGGCGGCUGGGGGCUGCAACGGGGAGAAGCGGAGGGGCCUCCACCUCGUCCGGCCCAAGUCCCCCAACAUGCAGGACCUCAAGAGGAGGCUCAAGCAGGCCUUGUCCUCCAAAGGGAGGGCGACGACCGCACUCUGACCGGCCCCCGAGGAACUCUUUGGGCCAGAAAGGAGUCAGAGCACCCAUUCGGUGUUGUGUGUCUUCAAGUCGAUUCUCACCGACGAGCCUAUCAUGGAGUUUUCGUGGCAAGAUUUCCUCCCUCUGAGGCUGUGCCCUGCACGACAUCCUGCCAUUGACUUCCAUUGCUAAGGACAUGGUUUCUGAACAUCAUAGGAACUCUUUGGGCCAGAAAGGAGUCAGAGCACCCAUUUGGUGUUGUGCGUCUUCAAGUCCAUUCUCACCGACGAUCCUAUCAUGGAGUUUUCAUGGCAAGAUUUCCUCCCUCUGAGGCUGUGCCCUGCACGACAUCCUGCCAUUGACUUCCAUUGCUAAGGACAUGGUUUCCGAACAUCAUAGGAACUCUUUGGGCCAGAAAGGAGUCAGAGCACCCAUUCGGUGUUGUGCGUCUUCAAGUCGAUUCUCACCUAUCAUGGAGUUUUCGUGACAAGAUUUCCUCCCUCUGAGGCUGUGCCCUGUACGACAUCCUGCCAUUGACUUCCAUUGCUAAGGACAUGGUUUCCGAACAUCCUAGUUCAACACUCAACCAGUACACCCCAUUGAAUCCGAUAUGAAAACCCUCUCCCAGGGAUUUGUCAAGAGGAGGUUUGCUUUUGCCUCCACCUGAGGCUGAGAGAGCGUGCCUUACCCAGCCAUAGCCUAUCAUGGUCAAUCAGGGAUUUGAGUCUUGGUAUACUGCACGUUGGAUCCAAUAUGAUCGCUGUAAAGGAGGGUAAAACUACUGCCACCAAAUGUGUGAGGAAAGCCGGGCAAUGAUCAACAUCAGCUUAAGAGCUGGUUUAUAAAGGGACUAUUAG